AUGGAGAACCUUCGCAGAGAAAACGAGGCACUGCGGGCCCUGUUAGUGUCCACUGGUCUCAGCCAUGAUGUUCGGGGACAGGAUACCGCCGAGAAGCGUCGAGAAGUUACGUCAGAUGAGAUACAAACCUGUCUCAGCGUUGCGGCAAAUACAAUGCCGACCACCCUUGAACUGCACGCUGACUCCACGGCCCUGCAGUUGCCGAACGUUACUCUUGGCUUUGGAUUUGCCGCUACGAUACCUGAAGUUGCAGAUACUGGGCUUGCGGCGCCUUCGAUUGUAGAUUUUACGCCCUCGCAAUCUACAGAUCUUAAUACUUGGCUGGACUGUCCGAUACCCGAUUUCUAUGAUCCGACUGUACUGGAGAGACAAUCGCAAACCCGUCUGCUUGAGCACCUGCCUCUGGAUAACCAAAGUACAAUAGAGGGCGAUAUCACGAUAGGAUUGGUUAAUCCUAUUCUACAAGACACAACAGUUUGCGCUGUUGCUAUUCAGCUUAUCCUUCACUGUAAUAAGAAGGAUCUAAGCAUGCUGGAGGUGGAUACUAAGCUCCGUCACGGUCUCAUUUGUUUCUUUGCUCAUCUGUUCAAAAUUGACGACCGACCGAAUGAUAUUGCAGAGAAAAUAGGAAUAGAUACGAAGCCGGUGACAUAUCAGUGUCGUCUUUGCUGGUUGACGCUUUGA